CCGGGUGCGCGUGCGCUCAGCGCGUUUAUACCGCAGUAUCUCUGGAUUAGUGCGCGCGCUGCGGCACUCCGUUCGGUUCUCAAACGGGAAGAGCGAGAAAAACGAACCGACCAACAGCAAAGAGACAUCCGACCUCACCCGUCAUACGUUUAUUCUCACCGCUUUCCCGUUAUAUCGAUAUAAAGGCGGCGUUGUACCGGAGUCAUGGCUAAAGAAGAUGAAAAGAAGGAAUCCGGGGAAUGGAAGGAAUUCUUCUGGAACCCGCGGACGCACGAGCUGCUCGGUAGAACGGCGAGCAGUUGGGGUCUGAUUCUGUUGUUCUAUUUGGUCUUCUACACGUUUCUGGCUGGCAUGUUCUGUCUCACCAUGUAUGUGAUGCUGCUAACACUGGACGACUAUAAGCCCACCUGGCAGGACCGUCUGGCUACACCAGGAAUGAUGAUAAGACCCAAAGGAAAAGCUCUAGAAAUCAUUUAUAAAGUGGGAGACACAGAGAGUUGGGACACAUUCACUAAGAAUCUGAACAACUUCCUCGCGCCGUAUAAUAACUCUAGGCAGGUGGAAAAUAAUGACGACUGCGUCCCUGACAAGUUCUUCAUUCAGGAGGACAGCGGCGAGGUGCGCAACAACCCCAAACGCUCGUGUCAGUUUAACCGCACCAUACUGGGGGAUUGUUCCGGACUCAACGACCCCACGUACGGUUACCGUGAUGGCAAACCCUGUGUGCUCAUCAAACUCAACCGGGUGAUUGGAAUGCUGCCCGAGAAGGAGGGACAGUCUCCGUAUGUCACCUGUGGAGCAAAGAAGGAGGACAGUGACAGCAUCAGUGAAAUUGCAUACUUCCCUCCCAACGGAACCUUCAACCUCAUGUACUAUCCAUACUACGGCAAGAAAGCACAAGUGAACUAUUCUCAGCCUCUGGUGGCGGUGAAGUUUCUGAACAUCUCCAUGAACACAGACGUCAACGUGGAGUGUAAAAUCAUCUCCAGCACCAUCACUCAAUUAAGCGAGCGGGACAAGUUUGCUGGACGAGUCUCCUUCAAGCUACGCAUCAACAUGUAGAACGACCACCAUACGCACAAACACACACACACACGAGAGGAGAUCUGAGGAGGUGUCCGUCAUAUCAAAGUGUUCCGUGUUUUUGCCGUCCCAAUUCUCCGGUCUACUCAAUGAAUUCUGUCUGUGUGUGUGUGUGUGCGUGCGUACGUGUAUGUUUAUCUGUGUGUUUUGUCAUCAUAUCUCGCUGAAACCAUUCCAAGGUGAAAUCUAAUAGAGCAGAAGGACAAACAUCUUCUCUUUGUGAAAACAAUGUCUGGCUCACAUUUCGGCCCAACAAACAACAGAUUUCAUUUUUCAUAAAGGAUUUGAGGCCUGUUACAGAACUUACUUUUUGCAGUUUGUCCACAUCAUCCCUCUCAAAUUCUUAAACAAAAGAGGAAAAGUAUUUCUAGAUUAUGGUAGUAUUUGUUGUACAGUCUUUGAUUAUUUAUUCUUUUUUAUUAUUUAUAACUUAUUUAUGCACAAUCAGAUCUAGAUACAUAAGAAAGAGAGCAACAGGAAAUAUCAGGAUAUCACAAAUCUGAAAGUCUUCACUUUCUUCAUGGGAAAUAUCAGAUCUUUCUUUCUGUUGUUUCGGGCCUGAAAUGUUUUCCUGAUAUGUAUCAUAUAGUGUGUAAUGAUGCUUCAUUUGAAAUAUAAAAUACAACACAUUAUAAAGACAUGGGCGAAAGACAUUCAAACCUGUGACUGAAGUCUACCUGAAUGAAUGAAAACAUGAUCAGAUACUAACCACAGAUUCUACGAUCAAUAAGUGGAGCCAUAGAAACAAUAUCAACGCAAACAAAGCGCAUUCACCUGAGAAUCCACAUCAUCUUAUUUAUUCAUUUAUUUAUGAACGUUUAUUUAUGUUGUUUUUCAUUUAAUUAAUUAAUUAAUUAAUUGUGGUUUUUAUUUGUUUUUAUAUGAACAACGUUUAUGAAAGACAUUCUUCGCACACACACGCACGCACGCAUACUUGCUGUGUUUAACUGAAAUGAUUGGCUGCUGUUCUGCACAUACUCAGAUUGCGCUCGAGCCGUCGUCCAAUGAGCUUCGAGCUUUACCAUAUCACGUUGGCAUUCAUUUCAUAAUUAUUUAGCCAAAUGAGUGAAAAUUGAUUUGCUUGAUUUCACUGGAAAAGCUUUGACAUGCGUCUAAAUGUGUACACAGCAAUACCUUCAGUCCGCGAGCGUAUGUUGAUACUUGUAAAUAUCGAAUAUCGAAUAUAGAAAAAAAGACAAUUUGCCAACCAAUACUUACUCACACAGAUGAACCAACGAAAGUGUUUCGGUUUUUUUUCACUUUCUCUUUGUUUAGAGCAGAAGAGCACACAUCACGGGUUAGCACAGCUCACAUACGACAUGAACGUUAGCCACAUCUCUCUCUCUCUCUCUCUCUCUCUCUCUCUCCAAACUUGAGUUUGUUUCUUAGCCUUCUGUAAAUUUUUCAUAUCAUGUGAUUUGACAUCUAGAUGUUUUGGAUGGAUGUGACCUGUCACCCAUCAGGUUAGCAUAGAGUCAUGCGUAGCGAGACGGUUAUUAGCGUAGUGCUUCUUAGCCAAUUACUAGCCCGCUAUCUGCGAUGUGCGGGCGGCCUGUCUGUGUGUGUGUUCCUCACAAUCUCUCCAUAGUGAAUGUGUCGUGUUUCCGUUUCAUUUACUGCCGCGGUGUUGUGCGCCGGAAACUUUGGAGGGUGUGUGUUAAAUAAGUGUGUGAAAAAAGAGCCGAACGCGGCCACAUGUUCAGUUAAUGUCACGAGACCGUCCGUCACACGUGGACGCAGAGUUUACGGCCUGAUGUUGGAAUGACUUUGAUGUUUACACAGAGCAGUGACUAAUAACUCCAUUAGCCGUGUGCUAAACCGACGCUGCCCUCCGUAUGUUUACUCUUCAUGUUCUGCCUGAACGGAAUAUAGAUUUUAUAUGUUUUUAAGAUACGGUGAAUCUAAUUAGCUCUCAUUCUUUUCCACGUCAGAGAUACACACGUUUCCUUCGCGCACUUUUUACUCGGCACCAUAGAAACCCAACGUGUGAUGUCAUACAGCACGGUGUAACAUUAUGACGUCAUUAGCGAUUCCCUUUGUCAUGGUGACACUUUACGGUUCUGUAAGAGACGGCAACAUUAGUUAACUCAUCUGUCAUACACUAUAAGAUCGCCUCAUAAUUCAUCUGCUAACGUUACUGUAUGUCGAUAUUCAGAGCCGCUUAUGAUGAUUUGUUGUAAGUUUGUAUAAAAGUUUGUGUUAACUAAUGGCUGUAAAGUGUCACCUGGGUUGCUUCAGUACAGCUUCUGCUUAAAUAAUAAUAUAAUUGACCCGUACAAGACAUACUGUACUCGUAUGAACAUUAACCAUGCUUUUAUGACAGUACAAGUGUGUUACGGUUAAACAUGAUUACAGUAGCAAAAGCACGGUUGAUUUUCAUAAAGGUACACACACACUGUUCAGCUUUUGUCUUCGUCUGUGUUUCCUCCAAACCGAUAACCCGCCGCUUGGAUUCACGCCGGAUGAAUUUAAUAGCUCAUGAGUUUAAUCUCUGAUUUCUCUCAUCUGUCCAUCAUAGUGACACAGUGUAUUUUUUCUUUCUUUCUGUAAAAACACUGCUCAGAAACUAGAUGUAUCUUAAUAAAUAUCCUGAAUAUACUGUUAUAUAUUGCCUGAUAUGAAAAUUGUGAAACUUAUAUCGGAAAAACGAAUUAUUAUCAUUAUAAAUGAAAAACAGUAAAUAAAGACAUUUUGUGUUUAACAAACA